AUGACCGCGAGUAUUACACUAUCAAGGCUUCACCACGUCCCCCUCCCCCCCUUUCCCAUCGGCCGCACCCCCCUCUCCGACGCCGUCCUGGGCGUACACAACUCCUCCGCGCACCUCCCGCACCCUCUCACUACCCCUCCCCUCCCCCCUCCGUCAUGCGGUGAGGUGGCAUGGGAAGCGUUCUACCCCGCGGGCAGCGUCAACCCCUCCAGCGCGAUCCCCGGCGGGUUCGGGUUCUACUUGGGCGGGCCGGAGGGGUUCAGGUACGAGAUCGCGGGGGCGCGGGAGGUGCUGAUGGAGUACGAGGUGCUGUUCGAGGAGGGGUUCGCGUGGGGGAAGGGGGGGAAGCUGCCUGGGAUGUUCGGCGGUGUGGGCGACCUGGCGUACGGCUGCUCCGGCGGGCGGACGAAAGCGAGGUGCCAGUGCUUCGACCUCAGGCUCAUGUGGAGGUACGCUUCCCCCUCCCCCUGUUCAACGUCCACCUACAACCCCAGUAGAGACAACGGGCAAGGCGAGCUCUACGCCUACCUCCCCCUCACCGCGCCCAACGCCGCCCGCAUGCUCGCCGUGCCCGGGUCCAGACCAAAUGGCGACUACGGGUUCUCGGUCGGGCGGGGCGCGUUUGGCUUUGAAGGCGGGAGGUGGACGACGGUGGCGCAGCGGGUGAGGCUGAAUGAUAUUGGGCAGGAGAACGGGGAAGUGGAGGUAUACAUAGACGGCACUUCCGUGAUUAGCGUUCAGGGCUUGACUCUGCGCGAUGACGCGGUCUCGCAUGUCCAGGGCUUGCAUUUCCAGACAUUUUUUGGAGGUUCGAGCCCUGAGUGGGCGUCCCCCAAGGACCAGAGGGCGUGGUUUGCGGGCGUGUCUGGUGCUAUACUCAUUUGA